UUAAAUAAUUAUUUCGCAUUUGUUUCUCUAGCUAGUUUAUAUCUUAUCAAGUUCGUUGAUUCGUUUUCCCAUAGAUGUUUUAUGUAAACGACUAAUAAAUAAGGAAAGGGAUCCUAUGCCCUGUUUAAGCUAUCUCGAAAAAGUCAAGACUUUGGUUAUGGGGCCUUCGCGGGGUCUUGUUACGAUCCCACGUCAGCCAAGUAUGUGAUUGGUUGGUGGUUUAUAAGUCUAAGUGUCGUCCUUUGAGCUAACUUUUUGGAGUGAGUUUUACAUCUAACAUAUAACUGACGCGGGCAUAUCAUGUGAUGGGUCCGAUCAUAGAGCAUGUGUGCAGGAAAGAAGGCGAAUUGUUGGGAGUGGAAAUGGACUUAGGAGAAGGCGAAUUCUUUGAACCACUUGAUGUUUCUGGUACUAAUAUCAAUGAUAUUCCGAGCAAUGGUUCAAUGGACAGCUUGUUUGAUGAAAUUUUCAAGGAUACAGUUGCUUGUACUCAUGCCCACACUUGCAAUCUAUCAGGCCCUCAUUCAUCACACACCCACACAUGUUACCACGUGCAUACCAAACUUGUACCUUCUAUAAUAGGCACAGACGAUGAUGACAAGGCCUCCAAAGAUGACACCAGCGAGUCAACAGAGAAAAAUGGGAAGAAAGGGUCACUAGGAAACCGAGAAGCUGUGAGAAAGUACCGUCAGAAGAAAAAAGAACAGGCCGCUUCAUUGGAGGAUGAGGUAGUAAGAUUGAAGACUUUGAAUCAACGGCUAAUGAAAAGAAUCAAGAGCAGUGGUAUGUUAGAGGCAGAGGUUGCAAGACUCAAGUGUUUGCUAGUAGACGUUAGAGGGAGAAUUGAAGGCGAAAUAGGAUCUUUUCGUUAUCCAAUUCAAAAAGGAGCUAGUCAAAAUGUUCAAAAUCUGGAUUUGAGAAAUGGGCAUUUGGUGAAUCCUUGCAAUAUGCUGUCUGGGGAUCAGUCUUAUUGCCUUCAUCGUUCGUUUGAUGCAGAGACUGUAGAAGGCAGAGCAGCAAUACAUGAUCCAGCCUUUAAUGGCUGCGAAUUUGGAAAUUUGCAGUGUUUGGGGAACCAAAAUUCUGUGCUAAAGAAUAUAUCUGGUUGUGGAGCAAAGGAUAGUAGCUUAGCAGUCAAUACUUCAACCCAGAUUAAAAGAAAUUGUGCUCAUGCAACAAGAUCUAGAUAAAAGGAAAACAGAAGAUCGCUGUCUCAAGGGUCAAGCCAUAUCCCAAUUACUCUAUAAUAUACUUUUUUUAGUUUUAUCAUACGGGUUUAUUUCAAGCAAAGGUUGGAUCAGUUUGAAAUCCUGGCAUUUCAAAACAUAUGUUUAAAGGUUCAGUACUCACUCCUUGCAAAAUGAGGUCCUAUAGAAGUAGUUUUUCUCUCUUAUUGGGCAGGAAUAAGACUCUUUACAAGUUUACAUCU